AUGCCAUGCCUCGCGUUUCCGUUGAGUGAUGGACAUGAAGAGAACCCGCCGCUCCUCGAUGUAUUCCUUCGAGACCGAACAGUUGCCGAACGAUGCAUUGUCGUGGGCUGGAGCAAGUCGCAAUAUGAGAGGAUAGCUCUCCAACGUCUCAGCGAGUUCACAGAUAGAUUCAGUGGCCGAAGCCAGUGCCAUGAACGCACCAUUGAAGAGCUCAUCAGCAAAUCCGGGGCGAUUUCCAUUCAUCAUACCGUUUCUCUCCAAACUAAGCAUGGGUCUCCGGAGUCCACACAGCAGCCAGUACGACGCUCAGCUGCGCGAGCAUCAUCCCUAGACCCAUGUCCGUCUCUUGAGAGCGACCAUAGCAGCGUUGACAAUGGUCCCGCCCCACAACAUCAGAACAUGUCUAGUGUCACUUCUGAGGCUCAAAUUCCCCAACCAGAAGCAGCGGGUCCCUCCAUUUUCUCGGUAAUCCGACAAAUUUUAGCUCAUGAUCCCUUAUACGCGGAAGAUGUCGUCUCAGGUGUCCAGAACCUACCAAUCGAUGGCCGUGACAUUCUUGUUCCACCCGAGGAUGAAUGCGUCGACGGUUCAACGAAUAAUCCACCAAGGACUUCAAACACGCCAUCAAACAAGCGUCAGAGGUCAAAAGGCAAGUCGACUGGCGUCGACAGCGGCAGCGGUACAGGAGGUGGUCAACAAGGGUACGGGGAGGGUGGAAGUGGACAUUCUGGACAAGACAACGCUGAUGGAUCAGGCGACGGCAAGAGUAAUGAUGAUUCUCCGCCUAGAAAGAAGCGCAACAAGGAUAAGAUUCGUCGCUGGAUUUGCCCAUAUUGCCUUGCAUACCCCGAGAUCUACAACAUUCCCCUUUUCAGCAACUGUUCUGGAAACAUGACGGAGGUGCACAAAUGGAAAGAACAUCUUGUCAAACAUCACUCUCAAAAAGUAAAGAGUAGUAAUCGCAACAGAGAAGCACCAGCACGCUUCUAUAUGACAGAGUUGCAACAAACUCUUAUACAACAAGCAGCCGAAAAAUACACAAAGCGUCCACGAGACGUGACGAAAUGGCUCGACUAUUGGAAAAAGCUCUUCGUCGAAGUCUGGUGGAUCUUGUUCCUCAAAGCAGAUUUCCCUCACUUUAAUGAGCCACUAUCUCCUUUUCACAUAGACAGUGGCGAGAGUCCCAAUCUUGGUCAACAUGUCCUCGAAAAGGCUGAAAUAUUAUUGGUGGGGCCCAUACUAGAAGGUAAAGCCAAGAAAGCCGUUAGGAACAACGUCAUUGCUUCGGUACAAGACUUCAAGCCGACUGCGGAAGAUAUCAAGGCUAUGAUGUCGGAGGCCAUCACGGUUGCCUUGCUCAACUCACCGGCAGCGACAGGAGCUGCUCAGUGGUGGGUUCGAGCCUCUCCUGAGAUGUUUGGAAAUGCCAAGAGAAAAGAUGGAAGGGCCCUAGCUGAUGAUGAGGACGAGAGUGAAAAUGGGGAUGAUAGUGAUUCCGAGUCUGAUGAUAACAGGCCCUCGACACCCUCAGAUUCAGUCACAGCUCCCCGCACUCCAGAACCAGCAGAGGUAAAUCCCAAACAAGCGCCGCCUCCAGCCCAACAGACAAUCGUUCCUUUGAGGCUAUUCCCGUGGGGGACCAGAGUCACUGUCGACCUAUUUCCGGUCAACCCGCUGCAUUCUGAAACCCAAGCAGGACAGCUCACACAUCCUCCAACUGUCUACAUAGCAAGUAUGUCUCAGACACCGGUACAGCCACCGCCGUCACUGAUGCCAAUAACGGAUACCUUCGACGAAGAUGUCUUGGAUUCUAUGGUGGAUAUAGACGCAACAAUGCCAGCUUAG